UCUCCUCUGAGGCUAACAGGACACACUGCAGAGUAAAACACGUUUGUUUUUGAGAGUAAAGGUCUGACAGCUGCUGCUUGAAUCAGCAGUGAGCAGACAUGGAAGCUGUAGUUGGACUGUUGUUGAUGAUGUGUGGAGUUUCUCAUGGUGUGGAAACCUACUGUAAUGGCAGACAGAAUGGGACUCAGUGUUAUGAAGCUUUGGGAAGAACUGUGGACAUCCAACUGAUGAACCAUAGCUUAGAAAUUCCAAGAUAUACGCUGUCAAGGAAUUCAGUAAAUGUACUACUAGAUGUCAAAAAUAAUACAGUUAUUCGUAAUGUCGCAGAACAUAGAUCUCUCUUUAUUCCCACCAAUGCAACAUUUAGGAUCAAUAACCUAAACAGGAAUGACAGUGAUAAUUAUACCCUUCAAACUUUUGAUUCAAAUGGAAGAUCAUUAGGCGUAUGGACUUUACAGUUGUUUAUUCAAGCUCCUGUGUCCUCUGUCCUGCUGGUCUCUGAGUGUCUGUCCCAGGGAGAGAUGAGGGUGUCCUGCUCCUCUGAGGGAGGGGACAGUCCUCAGUACAGCUGGACUCUGGAUGGACGCACACUGACAGAUGCUGAGCUCCUUUCUGGAAAUAACAAGACUAACAACAUCACUCUGAAACAGCACGUCUCAGGACAUCUGGUCUGCUCAGUCAGGAACAACGUCAGUGAUGUCUCCAAAGAACAGUGGAUAGCUACCUGUGAAGCAGAUUUUUUGCCACUGAUCGGUGGUGUGGUUUCAGCACUGCUCAUUUUAUUAGUUGUGGGUGUAGCACUUGUCUGUGUUCAGAGGAAAAAACAAAAGAACAAAUCAACAAAAAAAGCAGAGAAAGAAGACCAAGAAGUAAUGUAUGCUGAUGUCAGGGUCAUGCAGCAGCAGGGCAAGCCAGUGGAUGAAGGAGGAGAAGAGGUGUUGUAUGGCCAAGUCAAGUUUUCAUAGUGAUCUCAUCACUCUGAACAGGAUUGUGAUUGAACAGGCAUGUUUAUAUGUCAACAUUCCCAAAAAAUCAGUGAUGUCAAAAUGCAUAAAUGUCUUUUCGCGUGAUUUCCUAUCAGAAAAAUAUAAACCAUCAAAACGUAUGAAUACUGAUUUUCUGUGCUUCAUUUGUAUUUCUGUAAUAUA